CUGCUUUUCUCUUCUUUUGUUUCUUCCUUGCGGCAAACAAAAAUGGCUUUCGAGAGACUGGAGUCAGAAGUCUUGCGCCUUCCCCUGCAACUAGAUUGCGUUCAAAAUGGCGGGAGAGUCAAAUCAGCUGGAGCAGCAGUCCGACUCCGGAGUCAGCCCGUCGCCGGAGACUGUCGACGCGCUGCUUGAGGCGGCUAGAUACGACGAUCUUGACGACAUCAAAGGCUUGGUGUCGGAUGGUGUUCCUCUCAAUUCUAAGGAUUCAUUCGGAAGGACAGCUCUUCAUAUGGCUGCUGCUAAUGGUCAUCUUCAAAUCGUCAAGUAUCUUAUUGAUCAAGGAGUGGAUGUUAAUGCUUCCAACGAGGAGAAGAAUACAGCCCUUCAUUGGGCUUGCCUGAAUGGCCACAGCGAGGUUGUGAAGAAGCUGAUCUUGGCUGGAGCUAGUUUAUGCAGUCUCAACAGCCAUGAGAGGACUCCCAUGGACGAAGCCGUUACCCGGGGCAAAAUGGACGUUGUCGAUUCGAUUAAUGAGGCUGUAGCACAACGGGAGCUAUCUGGUGUCGCAGUUUCCUGAAGGCACGAGUCCUUUUCUCUCGUAUUACAGCCAAAGCAUGUUUAACAGAGUUGCAGCAACUUAAUUUAGAUACUUUGUUCGUUUCCAUGGCUGUGCGAUGUUACAUUAGUUUUAAUCAUAUGUUGGUGGACUUUUGGCCACAACCAUCAGGCGUAGAAUAUCAGCGAAGCAUUGCAUCAAUAGGUUCCCUGUUGGCUUCAAGGGUAUUUUGGCGCGCUUUUUGUCGCUGAAUUUUCUCUUUGUAGCAAUUUUGUCAAAUACACUAGUAUUGUAUUUGGUGCUUCUUGGUAACCUAAACGUCGAAAUGCAGCAUCACCAAAUGGAAAAGGUAAUAAUGUUUCCGGUACAUAAU